UUCCCAUUUUCUUCUAUAAAUUCCCCCUUCAAUUCCCUCAAAUACCUCUUCUCUUCUCUACUCUUCCCCCUCUAUAAGUUUCUGAUUUGCCCAUCUUUCUAUUUCUUUCAGUAAGGCUGAGGUUCUGCUGGUUUCCUCUCAGAAACUGUAUUUUUGCUCUUCUCCUUUCUGGGUUUUCUUGCUCUUGAAUCUUUGGGUGAGAGAUCUCUCUGCCUGUUGCUCUGCUCAAGAUAAAAAGCUUUCUCUCUCUAUCUCUCUAAAUUUUGAUGCUGCGUAUUUUUAUCUUAAUGUUUGAGAUUCAUGUCUCCAGUCCUCAGUGAAAUCCUCCGUUCGGGGUUUAUGAUAAAUUCCUCUCUCAGGCGCAGGACCCAUCUCGUUCAAUCUUUCUCAGUUGUGUUCCUUUAUUGGUUCUAUGUGUUUUCAUGAAUAACCUCUUCUUCUCUGCCUGAAUCAAUAGUAUAUUACUUACAUAUAUAUAUAUUAGCUAUAUUAAUUUCCCAGAAAAUAUUAGUUGCUGGGUCCUGCGUUUAAGGUAAGAUCAAGAUAAAAGAUCUCAGUUUUAUUGAGAUUAUUAUUAGUUAGUAUUACUUUUGGUGUAAAUAUAUAUAUAUAUCUAUGGCAUCCUCUAGUGGAAAUUCAUCAGGAUCUUCUCAGCUUCACAACUCUGGCUCUGAAGAGGACGUCCAGAACUUGAUGGAUCAAAGAAAAAGGAAGAGAAUGCAAUCCAACAGAGAAUCAGCAAGGAGAUCCAGGCAGAAAAAACAGCAGCACCUGGAUAAAUUGAUGUCCCAAGUGACAGAGCUAAAGAGAGACAAUAGCCAAAUCCUUACGAGCAUCAAUAUCACCACCCAACACUACUUGAAUGUUGAGGCUGAAAACUCCAUUUUAAGAGCACAGAUGGUAGAACUUAACCAAAGACUUGAAUCCCUAAAUGAGAUCCUCAAUUAUAUCAACACAACUAAUAGUGUUUUGGAGACUGAGGAUCUCCAAACAAGUGCUGCUGCUGCUGCUGCUGAUAACUUCAUGAACCCAUUAAGUUUGAUCUAUCUUAAUCACCCCAUCAUGGCUUCUCCAGAUUUCUUUCAGUAUUGAGAGGAUUCAGAUCAGUCAGAGCUAGGAAUUGGUCAAUUUAUGGUUGUCUUUCUUUUUUUUUUUUUUUUUUUCUGGGUGGUUUCUGUGCGUGGUCUUAAUUAUGGGUAUGAUAUGGGAGAAAAAGAAAAAUCUGAUCUUUCUCCCUAAUCUUUAAUUAGCUAAUAGGAUGAAGCAACAUGUCUAUGAGAGAGUGGCAGAUGGAAGAUGAUGAUUUGAGCUUUGGCUUGUAAUGGGUUAUGAUUAUGGUGUGAAAGUGAUCUACAUGUAUUUGGUCUCUAUUCUAGUAUUAUAUGUAGUAAUGAUUCUCAUAA